UCAAAUACAUGAUUAUUGGAAAAAGUUAGAUAUUCAGUUUCCAAUAUUUCCUAAUGAUGCCGCGGAUGGAUCCCCGACUCCACCAAAUCCAGUGAGGAGGGCGUUGUUCGAAGAAGUCCCUGAUAUUACUGCACCUCCUACUGCUAAAAAGAAAACCAAGGGUAAAAAGCUCUCUAGUCUCCGUGUACCUUCGGCGUGGGAGAGGGUUGUGAAACAGUACGGAUUUAAAAAGUCUCCAAACAAAAAGGGCCCUGGACGUGUUGCUUCUAUCUCUGCCUCACAGGGGAGUCCAAUGAGCACAUCCCAACGUACGGGGCCACCAGUAUCACCAUCUUCUCCAAAUACACCGUGCUCAAGGCCUCCAAUGUCAACCCCUUCUUCCAAAGGCACCACGUUCAUCUUUAAGAAUUCUGUAUUUGAGAGAGAAUUCCCGCCCUACAUUAGAAAAUACAUAGAUCAAUGCACAGAUGUAGCGGCAGACGGAAAUUGUGGAUUUAGAGCGGUGGCUCUAGCAAUUUACGGAACAGAAGAUGAUUGGGUUAAAGUUAGACAAGACUUAGUAGCAGAUCUACAGAAUAGAAGCGCCUUGUACGCUCGAAUCUUAGGUGGGAGGAGUGCGAGGAGUUCUAAUGUGACUAAUCUCAUCCAAUCGAUUGCUCACUACCAUGGACCAGCGGAUGAUGAUUACUGGAUGGCGGUACCGGAUUGCGGUCACGUAAUUGCAACAACAUAUAAUGUUGUUUUCAUGACAUUCAGUGAACACGGAGGAAAUACUUGUCUACCAGCGAUAUUAGAUGAAACACAAGGACCUCCAACCCGAAAGGUGGUGUGCGGACAUCUUAGCAAUGAUCAUUGGAUUUUGUUGCAUAUGAAAUCAGGGGAUCAUCCGGUACCACCCAUAGCAUUUUACUGGAACGACCAUCACAACAAAUCUGCAGAUGGUUUAGAUGCACAAUUUGCAUUCUCGAUCGGUCACUUUAACCGUCUCCACAAUGAAGAUGGAGAACGUCGAGCAGCAACAAGAGGAAGAAAGAACAAUUAA